AUGCCAGCUCUAGGUAUUCGUCAUCCAAGUGGUCACAAAGUCACAGUGGAGUUAUCGCCAUCAGCACCACUUAUUCAGGCACUUGAAAAGGCAUGUAGGAUGAGGGGUUUGGACCCAUCAAAAUACCGUUUGAGUCAUAAUGGACAUCCAGUGGAUUUAUCUCAGUCAUUCAGACUUUCUGGUCUUGUUAAUCAUGCUGACUUAGAGCUUGUUUUGUCAGAUACACGUGAUCAACAUCAGUCUAUUGUACGUAUUUGUUUUCGUUUCGAUAAUGGUCAACGUGUGGAAUGGAGUGGUAGUUCUGAUACGUUUAUUUGGUCAGUUCUUGAACAAUUAGCACCCAACAAUUCACGCAUUGAAGAAAUAAUGUCUUCAGACCUUAUUACAUCUGGUAUUAGUUGCCCAGCGGUAAUCUAUUUUCAAGAAAAGGUGGUUGGUGAGGCCAGUUUACGGACAACUACACUAGCUAACCUGGGUAUUAUCCGCGGUUCAGCACUGCUACAGUUAGAUACUGUUCCGUGCACGUCAAAAACGGAUCCAUCUUCUCAAUACUGUGCAUCAAUUGAAUCUUCAAAGAUAAUCACCAGUAAAGAUGGUAACAUUGUUGAAAAUAUGGAAUUGGAUACUCCAAUGCAUCAGGAUAUAUCAAAUAAAGAUACGCAUACAACUGAUAAAAACAUUCUAGAAUCGCGGAUAAACUCAGCCUCACCACAUUUCGGCAAUGCCAAACCGCAGUUGGCAACUUCAUCAAACCAAGUAAUUGAGAGUGAUCACGACUAUGACAACUUAAAUAAUAUCCCAGAAAUCACUCCUAUGGAUGAAAGUACCUUCACAGGGUUUGUUUCACCAUUCAGUGUGUUUGCUGAUCGCCCAUCAACUUCUGCGUUUGCUAAUGUUGGACAAAUAGAAACCAGAGAUCCUCCAGGUGAACAGAAUAAACAACCUCGAACUGAAUUCAAGUUUCCUGCCCAAACUGAAGGUGAAAAUUUAAACUCAAAAGUCUCUAAUCCGGAUGAGGAGUCACCAGGAGACAGUACUGUAGAUCGUGAAGUGGUUAUCUUUCGUCGGUCAGAUAAUGUGCUUUCUGGAAAAGAUGUCACUGAAGAUUUACCGGAUGAAUUUUUUGAGCAUACUGAAGAGGAUGUUCGUAGGUUGUUACGCUCAUACCACAAUGAAUGGGCAAGUUCUGAACCGCUUCAAACCGCAGCUAUGCGUUCUGAAGCUCAUCGAAAAUACUAUACCAGAUAUUCAAGAGCUGUUAUACAAUUUCAUUGGAUUGACAGUAUUAUUGUUCAAGCGUGUUUCUCUCCAAGUGACAAAGUAUCAGAACUAUAUGGCUUCCUUCGUGGUCUUCAUCGCAAUGCUAAGUAUAAUUUCCAAUUGUAUACAACGCCGCCUAAACUUUUCCUCUCUGAUAAGAAUAUUACAUUGGUUGAAGCGAAUUUAGUACCGUUAUCAAAAGUAUUUUAUGAUCCUAUUGAAACACGAGCUGAAGAUGUACUUCUACCAGAUGUAUUGGAGAAAAUCACUGAAGGGAAUUUUGCGAAAGCUCAGUCGAUCGUUUCCAAGUGGAUGACAAAUUUAAAAUCACGGUUAUCAGAGCCAUCCAGUUCUUCAGGACGACGUCAGUCUGCUCGAAGAGAGCCGGAACAACGUGUCUCCGAUUCAUGCAGUCUACCAAAAUGGUUGAGAUUAGGAAAAUGA